ACUGGGACAUGGUUAGACUGUUUCUUGGUUUCUUUGCUAAAAGUUUGUUUACUGAUUCCGUCUGUGGAGGGCAAGAGGCAGGGCCGCUAGUCUGCGUGAAAGAAUUACUGGGUCGUACAUCAUCUUUGUUGACAAAGAACAUUGUGAUGGCCAGUAAGGCUUACACGGGGUCGGUAUGGUAUCAGAAAGAGAUCCAGCUGUCACCCAAAAAACGAGGAUGUCAUCUCAUAGGUGAAGAGGUUCACAGAAAUACACCAGAGAUGAAGAAUAUCAAAGUGGGACUGAUGCAUGUUCUUAUUAAACAUACAUCUGCCAGCAUAGCCCUGAAUGAGAACUGGGAUCCUUCUGUGAGAGACGAUACUGAGAUGUUCAUGAAUAAACUUGUACCAGAGUCUACUCCAUUUAAACAUUCCUGUGAGGGACCAGAUGAUAUGCCUGCACACCUGAAGGCCCUAUUUUUUGGCAGCAGUGUUACGAUACCUAUAACAGACGGUAAAGCCAAUCUAGGCACAUGGCAAGGUCUCUGGCUGUGCGAGCACAGAGAUAGAGGAGGCUCAAGGAAAAUAGUUGUGACAAUACAGGGAGCUCCUAUCUCAUGAAGUUUACCCAACUUUGUUGUAUUUGAUAUACUCAUUUGUCUCUGUUUUAAUAUAUGUAUACAUACAUGUACAUGUACAAAAUAAAACUAUACAUAU